AUGAAAAGUUUAAGUGAUUUUAAAAAAGGUGCUAAAAUAAAAGUAAAUGAUAGAAUGCAAAAAGAUUAUGAAUAUGAAAUAGUAGCAGAUGGUUUAGGAGCAGAAGCAUCGGAUUUUAAUGAAAAUGGAUUCAAUCCAGAUUUAACACCAGAACAAGUUUUAUCAGAAGGAGCAUUUGAAGGAAAAUAUCUUAAUGAUUGUGAAGAAGAAUUACCAAAAGAAUGGUUUGAAAACCUGAAAAAAAAAAGAGUAGAUGUUGGGAAACCACCAGAUAUUGAAUUAAAUAGAUUCAAAAUUAAAUCAAGACAAUCAUUAGUAAUAUGGAGAGAAAAUGAUUGGGUAAUGGGUGAUGAUCCAAGAGGUUGGUUUCAAUGGUAUUGUAGAUAUUGGUUAGGUAGAAGAAAUGAUGAAAUUGAUAAAUUUCAAAAAAAAAGAUGGAGAGCUUUUAAAAGACAUCAUGGACAAGUUAAAAAAAAUUGUAAAAAAGGUGAUUUAAGUUGUAGACCUAAACAACGUCAAGCUCUUUUACAAUGGGCUUACGAUCCAUUUGUUUAA